AUGAACACACCUCACCCUGCCCACCUGCCAUCCCCGACCGCGCACAACGGCGCGACGCCGCUCACGACCGCCUCUCCGGGACCACGAGCUUAUUCGUGGGACCUCGUGAACGCCCAUACCUGGGCCUCGCACUCGCACUGGGCUACACCGAGUGGCUCUGUAAGAAACGAACCACAUACGGCCGGACGAUCAACCCUCUUCAACGCCCAAGAUAUGACGGCCACCGUCAUCGAGUCCACCACUCCAAUUGGGCCGCCGCAGCCCCGCAGGUCUGUCAGGAGCAUCGACCGCGUUGCAGAACCAGCAUGGAAUCUCAGCGCCCGAGAGGUAGCCUCCCAACCAGAGAGAUUCAAGAAAAACAACUUCGGGGCCAUCCUCAGUCCUAUAUGGAUCGAUCACCCACGCGUGGGCAUAGGUCUCGGGGCAGAUCCCAUCAUUCACGGCCAUGUGUGGACGAUGGGCGAGUGGGACAUGGAGCGCUUUGCGAACUUGAACCGGCCUGUCCCGCCCCUCGACGCGCCUUCGAGGUCCUUUGUCAACGGAGUCACCGCAUCAGUCGAUGGCAUACUCUUGCCUCCGGAAAAUGGGGCGCGUCUAGCAGGCGCUGAACCAACGCACGACGGGCUGCCAAUUUCCCAUGACACAAUCCAGCCGUCAUUCGAGAGCGGUAUCGAGACCGACCUAGACUGGAGCCCCGCACUGGCCACCUACUUCAGUCUUCAAGCCUCGAUCGAGGACGCGGAGGCCGACGCACCGGAGUUCGUACUCAACGAAGCCAUGGCCCGGCUUUCAGUCGAACAACGAGACCUCGAAUAUGAGCCGGUCAGCGCACUCAGGGAAACAGUCGAAGACUACACACCCUACAAUGACUGGCUCGGUGUGCCAGGUUCCCCAAUUGAGCCUUCUUCACCAAUCUCGGACGGAAGCAACUCGACGGUACUGGAGAAUAUCGACGGCGAUCUGACGGAGGCCAUGAUGCGAGGGAUAUCAUACGACCCCGACGACCUGACCAAGGAGAGUUACAUCGGCGAAGCAAUGCCUUGGCAGGAUCCAUGGGUCGCGCUAUAG